AUUUUAUCUUUGUUUUGAUCAAGUUUGGUAAAGAGCAGUUUUCAUGUGGGGAUGACCAAGUCAAAGGUGAAACUGGCGUGAAAACGUAGACCUGACAGAGGAGAGGGUGAGAAAAUGGAGACGACCAUUGCUGCCCUAAAUCAAGCUCUGUUUCCCUCUAAUGCUCGACCCUUUUCCAGUAAUUUUAGCACUGGUUCAGUUUCGGCUGUUGGGUUUUCUCUACCAUGCGUUCAAUCUCCAUCCCCAAUAAUCGCAGCAGAUAUGUGGCUACUAGAGCUUCAAUUGCGGUGGAACAACAGACGCAGGCUAAGGUUGCUCUUAUCAGAAUUGGCACCAGAGGGAGCCCAUUAGCCCUGGCCCAAGCUUAUGAGACACGAGAAAAGCUCAUGGCGACACACACAGAGUUGGCUGAAGAAGGGACUAUUCAAAUUGUUGUAAUAAAAACUACAGGUGAUAAAAUAUUAAGUCAACCACUUGCAGACAUAGGUGGAAAAGGCUUGUUCACAAAAGAAAUAGAUGAGGCACUCAUAAAUGGUGAAAUUGACAUCGCUGUCCACUCAAUGAAAGAUGUUCCAACAUAUUUGCCAGAGAAAACAAUUUUGCCUUGCAAUCUUGAACGUGAGGAUGUUCGUGAUGCAUUCAUUUCUUUGAGUGCCACUUCACUAGCAGAGCUUCCGGUGGGAGGCAUCGUGGGUACUGCUUCACUUAGAAGAAAGUCACAAAUACUCCAUAGAUAUCCAUCACUCAACGUUCUGGAGAAUUUUCGAGGCAAUGUUCAGACAAGGUUAAGAAAACUUAAUGAAGGGGUUGUCCAAGCAACAUUAUUGGCAUUAGCUGGACUCAAACGCCUAAAUAUGACAGAAAACGUUACUUCCAUUCUCUCUAUUGAUGAUAUGCUUCCAGCUGUUGCUCAGGGGGCAAUUGGAAUUGCCUGUAGAAGUGAUGAUGAGAAAAUGGUACAUCUCAUUUUGUUCUCCCAGAACUUUGUUACAAAGAAUUUUUCAAAUAUGUUUUUGCGGUUAAAUCCAGUUCCCUCUGAUAUUGAGUACUUCAUAAUGUUUCGCUGCAUUUUUGCUAAUUACCUCGCUUCAUUAAAUCAUGAGGAAACAAGAUUGGCAAUUGCAUCUGAGAGGGCUUUUCUGGAGACGCUGGAUGGAUCUUGUCGCACUCCCAUUGCUGGAUAUGCUUGUCGAGACAAGGAUGGAGAUUGUGCUUUUAAAGGGUUGGUGGCCUCCCCAGACGGAAUCCAAGUGCUUGAAACUUCUAGAAAGGGCCCAUAUGCUCUUGAAGACAUGAUACUUAUGGGGAAGGAUGCUGGCAAGGAACUUCUCUUGCGAGCUGGUCCAGGACUUUUUGAGAGUUGUUGAUACAAAUUUCAUCUUCCAUAGAGAGGAAGAUCCAAGUUUCAUCUUCCACUCGGUUAGAUUCCAAUGAGUUCGUUCAUCCUUCUGUUCUUGUAACUUUGGUGGAAAUUGUUUUCUGAUUAGUUUUUCACUAGAAUAGUGUUAUAUCAGUCACGAAGGGUUUUGAUCAUAAUCAUUCUUUUAAUGAGUAAUUUAUGUCUCUCUUUUGCUCUCUGUGUGUGUUGUACGUGUUGGGGGUGAAGUGGCAUGAAUCCACUAACCUGAACAUGGAGAUUGUAUUUCCAAAAAAAACAUGGAGAUUGACUUGGUAGAAUGGCUACAAUGUCCAUGGUUAGCAUUAGCUUUGAUUCUUUGACAGGUUCAGAAACAUCUAGCAGUAAAAGUUGCAGGCCUUCAUGAAACAAACAAUGUGCUUGAAUAUUAUGUAGCGUAUGGCCAGCAAAGUUUGCCAAAAGUUUAUUGAACCCAGAUAAUUCCAAAGAAGUCG